CUGCGCCGCACUUGCUCUGUUGUGAUUCCAGCAAAGAGAGACAGAGAAACUCCUGCUGAAGCGACUGAACUCCACUAUUAUAAAGAUGGCCUUUAUUAAAGAGGAGAGAGAAGACCUGAAGAUCGAAGAAACAUUCAAUCAUGAAGAGGCUGAGCAGCAAACAGAUCUUAUCCCUUGGAAAGAGGAGAUUCCAGAACUGAAUGAUGUCAAAGAAGAGAAAGAUCUGGAGGAAGAAGGACAUUUUAUAUCUGGUCAAACAACUUCAGAUAAUAGUGCUCAACAGACUGGACCUGUAAGUUGUUUCACCUGCAAACAGUGUGGGAAAUCUUUAACUACAAAAAGAACGCUUAAAGACCACAUGCAAAUUCACACAGUAGAGAAGCUUUUCAGAUGUCAACAGUGUGGAAAAGGUUUUACUAGAAGGAGUAACCUUGAAGUUCACAGGAAAAUUCACACCGGGCAGAAAACGAUCACAUGUCAAGAAUGUGGAAAUGGAUUUACCUCAAAAAGUAACCUUAAGGUUCACAUGAGAGUUCACACAGGAGAGAAACCCUUCAUAUGUCACCAGUGUGGGAAUUGUUUCUCUACAAAAAUGCCCCUUGAAAUUCACAUGAGAAUUCACACAGGGACGAAACCUUAUUCAUGUGAACAGUGUGGUAAUAGUUUCACCACAAAACGAAGCCUUAAGGUUCACAUGAGAAUUCACAAUGGGGAGAAACCUUUCACUUGCCAAGAAUGUGGAGUAAGCUUUAUUUACAAACACAGUCUUAAAGAGCACAUGAGAAAUCACACUGGGGAGAAACCUUUCACUUGUCAACAUUGCGGAAAUGGUUUUACAAGAAAAAGAAACCUUGAAGAUCACAUGCUAAUUCACACUGGGGAGAAACUUUUCACAUGUGGACAGUGUGGAAAUGGUUUUUCUCGAAAGAGAAACCUUAAACUUCACAUGAUGGUUCACACUGAAGAGAGGCCUUUUGCAUGUGGCCAGUGUGGAAAAAGCUUUAAACGUAAAGACAACUUUGAAAGCCACUGGAGAAUUCAUAUGGCUGAGAAGUCUUACACUUGCCCUCAAUGUGAAAUGUGUUUUGAACAUAGAACAACACUUAUUGUCCACAUGAAGAUUCACACUGGAGAGAACCUUUUUAUAUGUAAUCAGUGUGGGAAAAGCUUUGGACGUAAAGCAAACCUUAAACGCCACAUGAGGGUUCACUCAUCAGAGAGCUGUUUUAUAUGCCGACAGUGUAAGAUGAGUUUCCCUGACAGCAGUCAGCUUAAAGAUCAUGUCAAAACUCACAUUGGACAGAAGCCCUACAUGUGCCUUGAGUGUGGAAGGUCUUGCACAGAGAUAACAAACCUUAAGGUUCACAUGAGGAGUCACACUGGAGAGAAGCCUUUCACCUGCCAACAGUGUGGAAUGAGUUUCUCAUAUGGAAAAGCCCUGAAACGUCAUCUGCGAACUCACUCUGGAAUAAAGCUUUAAAACAAACACAUUAUGCACAAUCAUA